AACAAUAUUCACACACCACACACCACACCUAACUCGCCCACCCUGUUUUUCCCCAUUCACAAAGGACAACUCCCCCUAAAAUACGUAAUCCAUUUUGUCUGUCUAUCUAUCUAUUUAUGUUUCAUUUCAUCUAAUUACACAAAUCAAACCAAACACAAAAAGAAUGGAUUCAGCAUCAGACCAGAAAACCGCGACUUUGGAUCCUCCGCUACACGCAAUUGGGUUCAAAAUCGAUGAUUUGUCACCUCAAAAAGUCACUGGCCGUCUUUUGGUUUCUUCUAAAGCUUGUCAGCCAUUUAAGGUGUUACACGGAGGCGUAUCCGCGCUUAUCGCGGAAGCGCUAGCGAGUAUGGGAGCACAUAUGGCGUCUGGAUGGAAAAGAGUUGCCGGACUUCAGCUAAGCAUUAAUCAUCUUAGGCGUGCUGAGAUGGGUGAUCUUGUUUUCGCUGAGGCUACGCCUAUCCACGUUGGCGGCACCAUCCAGGUAUGGGAAGUGAAGAUGUGGAAGAUUGAUCCAUCUAACUCGGAAACUAGAUUAAAUAUAUCAUCAUCAAGGGUGACUCUAAUUUCAAACUUGCCUAUACCUAAUGAUGCGAAGGAUGCUGCUCAAAAUUUAAAAAAGUAUGCUAAAUUAUGAUCGAUUUGUUUAAAAAAAAAAAAAACAAAUUGCGUGUUAGUAGACUGGCCAGAACGAUCAUGUAAAUCAUGGGACUUAACUUUGUUAGUUUGUUGUACCUACCAAUUAUGUGUUUUGGGUGCAAUUGUGUAAGAGUCAAGAUAGUUUGUAAUUUGAUAGGUGAAUUUCUAAUAGGCUACUUGUAAGCAAUUGAUAAUGAUUGAAGUUUGCUCAAAA